AAUCCUGGCUCCACCCCUGAUCAUAAUGACAUUUUUUUGCAAUGUCAAUUUACUGUAAGUCUAUAAGUUAUAUUUGUAGUGUUUCUUACUUUGUAGCCAGCUACAUUUCCUGUUUUAGACUUUUAGUGCCCAAUUUCCUGCUUUUCCUUUUCAUUUUGUUCUGUGCACCCAUUGAUGCUUUUAUACGUAUGGACCUGUAUCAACUAACAGAAGUACUUAUUGUUAUGAGAUACAGUUAAAGUGUAAUAGAAAUAGGGAAACUGUUGCAUUUUGAUAAUUACUAUGAUGAUUCUGUGAUAGUAAUGGUGAAAGGUUCAAAGGUGGAGCGGAAGAGAAUCCUAACAAUUUUCUCAACUACUGAUUUUUCUAGUAAUAGAUUCCGGGACACAUUCCUGAAGAGCUAGGAGAACUCAAUUCACUUCAUUUGCUAAACUUGUCUCACAACAGUCUCAUUGGUCCGAUUCCAUCGUCUUUGGAGAAAAUAACAGAGCUUGAAAUACUAGAUCUAUCAUCAAACAAGCUUGAUGGUAGGACUCCUAAGGAGCUGACAAGUUUGACAUUCCUUGCAGUUUUGAAGCUUUCACACAACAAACUUGAAGGUGACAUUCCUCAAGGGAAGCAGUUCAAUACUUUCUCAAAUGAUUCUUACAUUGGGAACUCUGGGUUGUGUGGAUUUCCGUCAACAAAUAAAUGCCACAAAGAGGAAGAGCCAGGAGCACCUCCAUCAAAAUUUGAUGAAGAAGGUGACUCUACGGCACUCUUUGAGUGGAAGUUUGCAUCGGUCGGAUAUGGGUGUGGACUGGUAUUGGGACUUAGUCUGGGAUACAUUGUGUACACAACAGGAAAACUAUGGUGGGCGAUGAAGAAGGUGGAGAAAUAUCAACAGAAAUUUGUUGGAAGGUGCACCCGCAGGCAAAAGAAGAGCAAAACCCAAAAACACAACCAACGCUCUUAGCAGAAGCGGCAGGCAGUUGGCUUUCUUUCUUCCUCCAAGAAGAUCUGAAGAAAAUAAUGUGUGCAUGAACUUAAUUAUUUGGCUGCAGAAGCUGCAGGCAGUUGCAUUUCCUUCUCAGAUUCUUAUGUCUUUUUUAAUAUUUGUAGAAAAUUUUGGCUAAAAACUUAAUGUUUUCUAUGUUAUCACUUUUCCAAGUUUUCUUCCAUUCCUUUUAACGGUGCGUUUUAAUGAAUGGAAUGGCAUUUU